UUUUUUUUUUUUAACGCUUAAGCCGGGCAGUAGUGAUGUCGUUCACUGUGGACAUGGAAGAUUUGUGGGACAUCCUGGAUGAAAACGUCCACAACAAUCAGACGCACUACGUUGCGGAUCCAAAGACGUUAACGUGCACGAUAACGCUUCUUGCUCCAGCAGCGGCCGUGGCCAUGUGUGUCAUUCUCAUCGUCAUCUUUUUACUCGCCAUACCAGGCAACCUUCUGGUCGGGUGGGUGAUUGGCACCAGCAGGCAGUCGCUUACGCCGUCAGAUGUGUACUUGAUUCACCUGACGGUCGCAGACGGUUUGAUGGCGCUCACGCUUCCAUUCUGGGCUGUGGCGAUCGUCCAAGGGUGGCUCUUUGGAGACUUCCUGUGCAAGUUCUUGAAUCUUGUCAUUGAAGCGAACUUCUACACCAGCAUCCUCUUCUUGGCGUGUAUCAGCAUUGACCGCUAUCUCGUGAUUGUGCGCGCAAGCGAGAGUUUGCAUAGUCGUCAGAGGAUGUGCAGCUGGAUCAUGUGUGCGGCGGUUUGGGCCCUCGGUUGGGCCCUCGCUCUACCUGCGCUCUUCAACGACGCCUCCAAGCUACCCUCCGACCCACCGAGGAUGAUUUGCGCUGAAAACUUUGACAUAGGCAGCGCCUCAUCCUGGCGGCUAGCUACGCGUGGCUUCCGUCACAUUUUUGGCUUCUUCCUCCCGUUUGGCAUCAUGGUCAUCUGCUACAGCGUCACAGUCACCAGGCUGUUGCGCACACGAGGUUUCCAGAAGCACCGCGCCAUGAAAGUGAUCAUCGCCGUGGUGAUUGCAUUCCUGCUGUGCUGGACGCCGUACCACAUCACCAUGAUGGUGGACACGCUCAUGAGGGCCGAGGUGAUAUCCUACAACUGUGCCCUGAGGAGGUCAGUGAACUUAGCUCUGGUUAUAACCAACAGUUUGGCUCUGCUGCACAGCUGCAUCAACCCGGUGCUCUACGCCUUCGUGGGGGAGAAGUUCAGGAAGAGGAUGGCGAACCUUCUUCAGAGGAAAGUCAGACAGGAGAGGACGUUCCUGUCAAAAUUCAGCAGGUCGACUUCUCAGACGUCUUCAGAAGGCACAGGAGCCGUCUUCUAAACCUCACAACCGUUGUUUCAUCCACAUCAGGGAGGGGCCACUUUGGUCAUUUAAUUCUCACCGCCAGAGGGGCCAAAUUGUAGGAUACAAAAACAAUCGGUCAAUUAUGUCUCAAAUUAAUUUUAACAUAUACCAGUUGUCAAAUAUUAUUAUGGACAUAUUUCUGAUUUUCAUGAUUUCAUGGCAGAUUUUGUCAUGUUUUUCUUCAUGUUUCCAAUUAAUUGAUGUGUAAAAAUUGACCUGAGGGCCACGUUUGGGGUUGAUCGGGCCGCCAGUUGCCCACCCCUGAUCUACAUUGUCUAUACCAGCGACCAAUCCGAUUUAUUUCAGUGAAAGAUUGUGGAGUUUGGACCUCAGUCAGUACAAAACAUGAGACAGAAGCAAGAAACUGAACAAAACAAUCACAGACUUUUUUACACAAGCUUUUUUCCAGGCAUACAUUCUCGACCCACUGAUAACGGCUCCGCGACCCACCUCUGGGUCCCGACCCACCAGUUGAGAACCACUGGUCUAUACCAUAUUUUACCCCCAUGAAAUGGAACUACAAGAGAAUCUAACUGCACUGGAACAGGAAAUAACCAAUUAGAAGAUAGAAGGGCGGGGCAUAGCGUUGGGAAGAAUUUGAUUGGACUUUAAUUGGUCGAAUAAUAAUAAUUAUUAUUAUAUUGUUAUUUGAGUUAUAAAUACUCAGAUGAUGCUUUUUUGAAAUCUAUUUGGCAGAUAAGUGAACAUUCAACUCAGGAACGCCACAUUGAAACCAGGGACAUUUAUUUUUCAUUUCAUGGGGACUUUCAUGGAUGCACUUCCCAAUCACAACAAUUUUAUAUUCUUAAUCCAAACAAAGGUUAAUAAUGCAUUUUCCUUCUUUUCUUUCUGACUAAAACUUUUAAAGCAUCAUACAAUUGAAUGUAACUUAAAUGACUGAUCACAGUGCAAGUCCUUUUUGUGUCUACUUACUGUCUGUCGUUCUGGUUUAUGUGGCACACUGCUGCCAUCUGCUGAAUGUUUCUUAGUCAGUAUCUACUCUUUACUCUACCUUUGUUUAUUUAACCUGUGUUUCCUUUUUGUUAUCAUAUCUGUUUAUUUAUAUAUGCUGUGUUUCUUUGCAAAAAAAUAUAUGAACUCGAAUCAUGUUUUUUUUCUGUAAUAGUCCAGAAGAUGAUGUAAAUACUUUUCACAUGUGCAGUACAUAAACAUUAAAUAUUAUUACUAAA